CGUGCCUACUUCUGGACCAGCUGCUUCCAAGUUCCUUUGCCUCCCUCCUGGCAUCACUGUCUGCGACUCAGGCCGAGGGAGCCUAGUCUUCGGAGAUAUCCUUCCUCUGAAACUGUCUCUUCCUUUCCCGGAUCCCUGAAGAGUUACAGCGGGGAUGAAAUCUUGCCGUCACAGGGGUUCGUGCUACGUGCCGCUGUCUUUUAGACGGGCGCCCACUGGGCCUGAGGGGAGAAAGAAGUCCGUUCUCUAACCUGUUGCCAACUAGGAGGCUCCUUGACUACUCUACACAUAUGGAAGGCCAGAUCUGGUUCUUGCCCCGCUCCCUACAGCUUAUGGGCUUCCAAGCCUACAAACUACGGGUGACACACCUGUACCAGCUGAAGCAGCACAACAUUCUGGCAUCUGUAGGUGAGGAUGAACAGGGCAUCAAUCCCCUGGUCUGCUCACAGGUAAAGAUCUGGAACCUGGAGAAGAGAGAUGGUGGCAAUCCACUCUGUACUCGAAUCUUCCCUGCCAUUCCAGGAACGGAGCCAACUGUUGUAUCUUGUUUAACUGUCCAUGAAAAUCUCAACUUUAUGGCCAUUGGUUUCACAGAUGGCAGUGUUACAUUGAACAAAGGAGACAUCACUCGGGACCGGCAUAGCAAGACCCAGAUUUUGCACAAGGGCAACUAUCCUGUUACUGGACUGGCCUUCCGCCAAGCGGGAAAGACGACUCACUUGUUUGUUGUGACAACGGAGAACGUUCAGUCCUAUAUAGUUUCUGGAAAGGACUACCCUCGUGUGGAGUUGGAUACUCAUGGUUGUGGUCUACGCUGCUCAGCCCUAAGUGACCCUUCUCAGGACUUACAGUUCAUAGUGGCCGGGGAUGAGUGUGUCUACUUGUACCAGCCUGAUGAACGUGGGCCCUGCUUUGCCUUUGAGGGCCAUAAACUCAUUGCUCACUGGUUUAGAGGCUACCUUGUCAUUGUCUCUCGUGACCGGAAGGUUUCUCCCAAGUCAGAGUUUACCAGCAGGGACCCACAGAGCUCUGACAAGCAGAUUCUCAACAUCUAUGACUUGUGUAACAAGUUCAUAGCCUAUAGCGCUGUCUUUGAGGAUAUAGUGGAUGUGCUUGCUGAGUGGGGCUCUCUGUACGUGCUGACGCGGGAUGGGCGGGUCCACGCACUGCAAGAGAAGGACACACAGACCAAACUGGAGAUGCUGUUUAAGAAGAACCUAUUUGAGAUGGCAAUUAACCUGGCCAAGAGCCAGCACCUGGACAGUGAUGGAUUGGCCCAGAUCUUCAUGCAGUAUGGGGACCAUCUCUACAGCAAGGGCAACCAUGAUGGGGCUGUCCAGCAGUAUAUCCGAACCAUUGGAAAGUUGGAGCCAUCAUAUGUGAUCCGUAAGUUUCUGGAUGCCCAGCGUAUCCACAACCUGACUGCCUACCUGCAGACUUUGCAUCGACAGUCUUUGGCCAAUGCCGACCACACCACCCUGCUGCUCAACUGCUAUACCAAACUCAAGGAUAGCUUGAAGCUGGAGGAGUUCAUCAAGACAAAGAGUGAGAGUGAAGUCCACUUUGAUGUGGAGACAGCCAUCAAGGUCCUCCGACAGGCUGGCUACUACUCCCAAGCCCUCUAUUUGGCCGAGAAUCAUGCACAUCAUGAGUGGUACUUGAAGAUCCAGCUAGAGGACAUCAAGAACUAUCAGGAAGCCCUUAGAUACAUUGGCAAACUGCCUUUUGAGCAGGCAGAGAGCAACAUGAAGCGCUAUGGCAAGAUCCUCAUGCACCAUAUACCAGAGCAGAUGACUCAGUUGCUGAAGGGACUUUGUACUGACUAUCAGCCCAGCCCUGAAGGCCGAGGUGACAGGGAAGCUCCAGUCUGCAAGGCCAACUCAGAGGAGUUUAUCCCCAUCUUUGCCAACAAUCCACGAGAGCUGAAAGCUUUCCUAGAGCACAUGAGUACAGUGCAGCCCAACUCACCACAGGGCGUCUAUGACACACUCCUUGAAUUACGACUACAGAACUGGGCCCAUGAAAAGGAUCCACAGGUCAAAGAGAAGCUUCAUGCAGAGGCUGUCUCCCUCCUGAAGAGUGGCCGCUUCUGUGACGUCUUUGACAAGGCCCUGGUCCUCUGCCAGAUGCAUGACUUCCAGGAUGGGGUCCUUUACCUCUAUGAGCAGGGGAAGCUGUAUCAGCAGAUUAUGCACUACCACAUGCAGCAUGAGCAGUACCGGCAGGUGAUUGCUGUGUGUGAGCGCCAUGGGGAGCAGGAACCCUCCCUGUGGGAACAGGCGCUCAGCUACUUUGCCCGCAAGGAGGAAGACUGCAAGGAGUAUGUGGCAGCUGUGCUCAAGCAUAUUGAGAACAAGAACCUUAUGCCACCCCUUCUAGGUACUUGGAAGGACAGGGUGGUGGUGCAGACCCUGGCCCACAACUCCACAGCCACCCUGUCUGUCAUCCGGGACUACCUGGUCCAAAAAUUGCAGAAACAGAGCCAGCAGAUUGCACAGGAUGAGCUCCGGGUGCGACGGUACCGCGAGGAGACCACCCGCAUCCGCCAGGAGAUUCAGGAGCUCAAGGCAAGUCCGAAGAUUUUCCAGAAGACCAAGUGCAGCAUCUGUAACAGUGCCUUGGAGUUGCCCUCAGUCCACUUUCUCUGUGGACAUUCCUUCCACCAACACUGCUUUGAGAGUUACUCAGAAAGUGAUGCUGACUGCCCCACCUGCCUCCCUGAAAACCGGAAGGUCAUGGAUAUGAUCCGGGCCCAGGAACAGAAACGAGAUCUCCAUGAUCAGUUCCAGCACCAGCUCAAGUGCUCCAAUGACAGCUUCUCUGUGAUUGCUGACUACUUUGGUCGAGGUGUUUUCAACAAAUUGACUCUGCUGACUGACCCUCCCACAGCCAGGCUGACUGGAAGUCUGGAGUCCGGGCUGCAGCGGGACCUGCUCAUGCAUUCCAGAAGGGGCACUUAAACAGCUUGUGGAAGGGGUGUGAUGGUGGAUCCACAACAGUAGGAUUACAGGAAUCAGGCAGACAUGUCCAGGACUCCACUCUGAUUUGAUGCCACAGCCUUCAGGAGUAAAGGAGAUUUUUUCCCUGCCUUCUCUUUGGCCAGUCCACCGUUUCUCCUGUUGACUUUUUGAACAGCAUAGAUUAUUCAAGACCAGUGGGGGAUGGCACCUCAGUAACCUCUUGAGUAUGGACAAUAGCUGCUUUAUUCCCUAUCCAGGAGCACCAGCCUGUGCUUGGGUCCUUGCUCCCAGAGUCUAUAAAUAAAAU